CUGCCGCAGAGGAGAGCAGGGGGCUCGAUCGCAGGGGGGCGGGGAACCUAUCACGGCGGGUGAUCCGAGUGUGACCCGAUUGAGCGCGAUCGCUCUUUCGUCUCGAUUCUCGAAGUGGGUGCAUGCAAGAUGCACCCGAAUCGCACCCCUUCUCUUGGAUUGCAGCGCAAGGGCGGCACUCCGACGGGCUGCCCAUUAUGUCCCGCCCCCAUGAAUUUCACUCCCCCUCUUACUCCUCCUCCUCUAAGCCUCCCAUUGCUGCCAUUCCUGCUACGAUUCCUCCUCCAAAUGGUCAUGAUUCGUCUUGCUGCCAGGUUCUUGUCCAUCUCCAGAUUCUCUAAUUCUGAACUCGUGCUUUGAUGCCGCACGCUGAGAAUGCAUUGUGAGGUGUGCAAAGCCAAUUCAGCUGGUUUUUGCUUCGUAGUCUACGAUACCUCCUUUGAAUUUUUGGUGUACCGGUAUGAAUGCGGGGAUUUAUUAGAGGAGAUUGUGCGUUAGCCGAUUAUGAAAUUGUGCAAAGUGUGAUUCUUUUUUGGUUUUAGUGGAGAUUGGUUGUAUUCAAUUUCGACAAAGCGAGGUGUGUGUCGACGAUAAGCACCGCGGGAAUCAGAAUUGAUCUUUGUGAACUUCGUCACCGGAGCCUGUUUAUCUGUUGCUGAGGAGCACAUCUUCUGCUAUUCGUGCUAAGUUUGAUUCGGUCGCAUAGUGUGCUGGAGCAUUUUUGAAUUGCUGCAGUUUUUACUUCAAAAGACCCAUGUGGGGAGUUGGAGGACUUACUCGAAGAUUCAGCUUCAAGGCCAGCUGUCCUACAGUUAAGGCAUCCGACUUGGAGGCUGACAAGCCGGAUAAUUCAGCGGAUAAGCCACAACCAUGGAAGGACAUGAAUGGCAUGCAGAAUUUAGGAGUGCUGGAGUUGGACCCUUAUCUCGCCCCCCACCGGAUCCAUCUGCGAUCUCGUGUUCGCGAGUUUAUGAAACGAAAGAUGGAAAUCGAGAAACAUGAAGGAAGUUUGGAGGAUUUUGCCGAAGGGUACAAGAAGUUUGGGUUUACUCGUGAAGGAAAUUGCAUUGUUUAUCGGGAGUGGGCUCCCGCAGCAGCGGCUGCUCAGUUAAUCGGGGACUUCAACAACUGGGAUGGGAGAAAACAUAACAUGGAAAGAGACAAGUUUGGUGUUUGGUCUAUCAGGUUGCCAGACGUGCGUGGUGUCUCUGCGAUUCCUCACGGAUCUAAAGUGAGGAUCAGAAUUAAGAAGGGUGAUGAUACUUGGGUAGAUCGUAUUCCAGCCUGGAUUAAAUAUGCCGUAGUUGAUCCUACUGUAUUUGCUGCGGAUUAUGAUGGUGUUUACUGGGAUCCACCUUUGAGGGAAAGAUAUCACUUCAAGCAUGCCCGCCCACAAAAACCAUCAGCUCCACUCAUUUAUGAAGCUCAUGUGGGAAUGAGCUCAAAAGAACCGCGAGUAUCGUCCUACAGAGAGUUCGCGGACGAAGUUCUUCCUAGGAUCAAGGCUAACAAUUACAAUACCAUUCAGCUGAUGGCAAUUAUGGAACAUGCUUACUAUGGUUGCUUUGGUUACCAUGUCACUAAUUUCUUUGCAGUUAGCAGCCGAAGUGGUACUCCCGAGGACCUGAAGUACCUGAUAGACCAGGCUCAUUCAAUGGGACUUCGAGUUUUGAUGGAUGUGGUACAUAGCCAUGCAAGCACCAAUGCCGUCGAUGGAUUGGCUGGGUAUGAUUUGGGCCAGCCAGCUCAAGAGUCCUACUUUCAUACUGGUGCCCGAGGAUACCAUAAGCUUUGGGAUAGUCGACUGUUCAAUUAUGGGUCGUGGGAGGUGCAGCGGUUCCUUCUAUCAAAUCUGAGAUGGUGGAUGGAUGAGUACAUGUUUGAUGGCUUUCGUUUCGACGGGAUCACUUCUAUGCUCUAUCACCAUCACGGACUGAACAUGCGCUUUAGUGGAAAUUACUAUGAGUAUUUCAGCGAAGCCACUGAUGUCGAAGCAGUGAUGUACUUAAUGCUUGCAAAUGAUCUAGUCCACAAGAUGUAUCCCGAUGCCACAGUUAUUGCGGAAGAUGUAUCAGGCUUUCCCACUCUCUGUCGUCCAGUUUCAGAAGGAGGUGUUGGCUUUGACUAUCGUCUAGCCAUGGGUAUACCCGACAAGUGGAUGGAGUACCUGAAAGUUAAGGAGGAGGAAGAUUGGUCUAUGGGUGAUAUUGUUCACACUCUUACCAAUCGGAGAUAUAAGGAGCCUUGUGUCGCUUACUCCGAGAGCCAUGAUCAGUCUAUGGUCGGAGAUAAAUCGUAUGCAUUUUUACUGAUGGACAAGGAAAUGUAUUUCAGCAUGUUAGCUACGCAACCAUCGAAUCCUAUCGUAGAUCGAGGAAUAGCACUACACAAGAUGAUUCACUUCAUUACCAUGGCUCUUGGUGGAGAAGGCUACUUAAACUUCAUGGGCAACGAGUUUGGUCACCCCGAGUGGAUUGACUUUCCCAGACAAGGAAACAAUUGGUCAUUUGACAAGUGUCGAAGGCUCUGGGAUCUCGCGGAUCGGGACGACCUUCGAUACAAGUUUAUGAAUAACUUCAACAGAGCGAUGAUUGGCCUUGGUGAAAGCUUCCAAUUUGUGGGUUCUUCGAAGCAGUACAUCUCCAACAAAAGUGAAACUGAGAGGGUCAUUGCAUUCGAAAGGGGAGACUUGGUAUUUGUGUUCAACUUCCAUUCAACAAACACAUACCCGGAGUUGAAGGUAGGCUGUGAGAUUCCUGGCAACUACCGGAUCUGCUUGGAUAGUGAUGCUGCGGAAUUUGGAGGCCAUUCCCGGGUGGACCACGAGGUUAAUCACUGUACAAAUCCUGAGGGAGAGCCAGGAAAGCCAGAGACUGGUUACAACAAUCGACCACAUUCCUUCAUGGUCAUGUCUCCAUCUCGCAGUUGCCAGGUGUACCACAAAGUAUCCGAGUAAAUUGGGGAACGUUGUUGGAUCACCGGGGUCUUUUUCUGUACAUUAUAUUUCUCCGUGUAUACUAAGAUAUAGUGAACCUACUUCAUUUUAGCCUAUCAAAAGGUCUGAUCUGCUUGUGAGUAUUUUAAUUAAGGGGUUGUUUGGGGGGCCUGGUAGAGCUAUAGUUGCUUUUGACCAGCUUUCAUCUCAUUCAAGAGAUCUUUUAAAUACCUCUUUAUUACCCAUUUUAAAUGGUUAUUGUAGUAGCUUACGAGUUGUGUAUUAAUUGAUACCAAUAUUGUGAUGUCCAAGAUCUCCUAUGUAGAGUGGUGUAAGAGUCAAUAUUUUUGAUGUUA